AUGGAGAAAAUAUUGACCGUGGGAAAGUGCCAUAAUCAUCUCUGGUUUGUCUUGCUCAUCUUCAUUCUUUUAAGCUUCAUAUUGCUCUUAUUUGAUAAUACGGCUUUAACUGGCCGCGGGGAUGAUCAAAACGGUGUCACUUUUCUGGUCAACAACUUCGUGAAUCAUCCUGUCACGAAACAGCCUAAAUCCAGCAGCUUAGAUUUGUGUUCAGGUCGAUACAUUUAUAUGCACCAUCUUCCUACCCAAUUCAACGACGACUUGCUCAGGAACUGUCGUUCGCUUGUCAAAUGGAACGACAUGUGCCCGUAUAUAUCCAACAUGGGACUUGGUCCUAGCGUUGACAACAAUCCGGAAAAUGUUCUGUCGAAAAAGGGUUGGUUUUCGACAAACCAAUUUACGUUAGAAGUCAUAUUCCACAACAGGAUGAAGCACUACGAGUGCUUAACAAACGACUCGUCGUUGGCUUCAGCAAUUUAUGUACCGUUUUAUGCUGGCCUUGACGUGGGUCGGCAUCUUUGGGGUUUUAACAUCUCAGUGAGAGAUGCGUCUUCUUAUAGUCUGCUCAAGUGGCUUUCACAAAAGCCUGAAUGGAGAAGAAUGUGGGGUAGAGAUCACUUCUUGGUUGGUGGAAGGAUUUCUUGGGAUUUCAGGAGGAAGACUGAGGAUGAUUCUGAUUGGGGUUCCAAGCUUAUGUUUUUGCCCGAAUCGAAGAACAUGACAUUGUUGUCAAUCGAGUCAAGCUCCUGGAACAAUGACUUUGCUAUACCAUAUCCAACCUACUUCCAUCCUUCCAAGAAGAGUCAGGUAAUCCGAUGGCAGAAAAAAAUGAGAAGAACAAAGAGGCGGUACCUCUUCUCUUUCGCCGGAGCCCCACGACCCAAUUCAACAAACUCCAUUCGAAGCGAGCUUAUUGAUCAAUGCCAAUCCUCACCCACAUGCAACUUUCUUGGUUGUUUUAAUGGAGCAAGCAAGUGUGACGAUCCGGUAAACGUGAUGAAGGCAUUUCAGAGCUCAGUUUUUUGCUUGCAGCCUCCUGGGGAUUCAUACACUAGGCGAUCAACUUUCGACUCCAUUUUGGCCGGCUGUAUUCCGGUGUUCUUCCACACGGGCUCUGCUUACAAGCAAUACUUGUGGCAUUUACCGGAGAACUAUACCAAGUAUUCGGUGAUGAUACCGCUGAACGAUGUGAAGGAAAAAAGGGGUUUUGUCAACGAGACGUUGCUUCGAGUUCCGAAGAAGGUAGUGUUGGGCAUGAGAGAGGAGGUUAUAAAGCUGAUUCCGAGAAUAGUCUAUGGCGAUCCGAGGUCCAGACGAGUGAGCUUUGAAGAUGCAUUUGAGAUAGCAGUGAAAGGUAUUCUUGAGAGAGUAGAAAGGGUGAGGAGGAAGAUUAAGGAGGGUAUGGACCCGAGUAUUGGUUUCUCCGAACUAAAUGGUACCAAGUUGUAA